AGGAAAAAAAGAGACAUGUUCGAGGCUAGCAGGGCUGCCGACCCGCACAUCUAGACGGGGGGACGGCCACCCUUUCCUAGAUGGGCUACCUCCCCCAAAAUUGGAGGGAGACACAUUAGAACAGCGUAGCUCUCAUCUGGACACGACUUGAUAUUCGUGGAUGUUCAUAUGCGGGAGUCAGUUGACGUUUAAAAAUGUGGGAGAUGGUGGCGUUACCGAGGGGGAGCUCUCCCUUCCUGUCGUCUAGGACAAGAUGGCAGCAGUGCAGGCGAACUGUGCAUGCAAUGGAUUUAUAAGUCCAUAACAUGUUCAGAGAAGCCCUGGAUUAUAUUUAUAUAGACUCUAUGUGAAGGUAUGGCCUCACAAGUCUUGGUUUACCCACCACACAUUUAUCAAACCCAGACAAGUGCCUUUAGCAGUGUGAAGAAACUCAAAGUUGAGCCCAGCAGCUGUGUGUACCAUGAGAGGGCACAUCCGCGGACUUAUCUGAACAGACGAAACCUUGGCAUUGUGCACCCGACAAAAGCUCGCUCGUUCUUGUGCCAAGACCUGACGGCGGGCGCGAAAGUGGUUGGAGGACCAGAGUACCCCGUGAAGACUGUGGUGGUGCGUGGCGUCCAAAGACAACAGCCCGGGAAAAGAGGUGGAGGAUCGGGCCCAGCUGCUGUCCAGCAGCGGCAGGCCACAGGGGUUGUCCACAAGCAGGACAAGGAGCAGCAACAUCAGACAGACUCAGCAAGUGGGGGCAGCAGUGGAGCAACAGGAGCAGGAGGAGGGGGAAGGGGAGAGGGCUGCAGUGGAGGAGGUGAGGGAGGUGGAGAAGAGGAGGAGGAGGAGGAGGGUGACACAGAGGCAGACUGUGGAGGUUUGAACUCGGCUGACAGCUCUCAGCGAUGUGGACAGAAACGUAAAAGUGAGGAGCUGGAUAAUCGUGGGAGCACCAUGCAGAUUGUGGAGGAACUGUCAAUGUUGCCCGCCAUGUUGCAAACAGCGAAUGUAGGAAAUGCAGCAGCGACUGCGCCUGCGGCCGUGGGGGCUGGAGGGGGGCCUUCCAAACAGGUUGCGGGAGGGGGAGCGGGAGGAUGUGAUGGGGACUAUCAGGUAGUACAGCAUGAGGUUCUUUGCUCACUGAAGAAUACUUACGAAGUGCUGGAUUUCUUGGGACGUGGCACAUUUGGCCAGGUUGUAAAGUGCUGGAAAAGAGGCACGGGUGAGGUAGUUGCCAUAAAGAUCCUGAAGAACCAUCCUUCAUACGCUCGACAGGGUCAGAUAGAAGUAGGCAUCCUUGCACGUCUGAGUGGGGAGAAUGCAGAUGAGCACAACCUGGUGCGAGCCUUUGAAUGCUUCCAACACCGCAGCCACACCUGUCUGGUGUUUGAGAUGCUUGAGCAGAACCUCUAUGAUUUUCUGAAGCAGAACAAGUUCAGCCCGCUGCCAUUGAAAGUGAUCAGACCUGUGCUACAGCAGGUGGCCACGGCUCUGAAAAAGCUGAAGAGCAUGAGUCUCAUUCAUGCAGACCUCAAACCUGAGAACAUUAUGCUGGUGGAUCCAGUGAGGCAACCCUACCGGGUGAAGGUGAUAGACUUUGGCUCAGCCAGCCAUGUGUCCAAAGCAGUCUGCUCCACGUACCUCCAGUCUCGGUACUAUAGGGCUCCAGAGAUUAUUUUGGGAUUGCCAUUUUGUGAAGCCAUAGACAUGUGGUCCCUGGGCUGUGUGAUAGCUGAGCUUUUUCUGGGCUGGCCCCUUUACCCCGGGGCCCUGGAGUAUGACCAGAUCCGCUACAUUUCUCAGACACAAGGUUUGCCCGGAGAGCAAUUAUUGAAUGCAGGGACAAAGACAACACGUUUCUUUUGCAGAGAGUCUGACUCACCUUAUGCAUCUUGGAGACUAAAGUCUACAGAUGAGCAUGAGGCAGAGACGGGAAUGAAAUCAAAGGAAGCAAGGAAGUACAUCUUCAGCUGUUUGGAUGACAUAGUGCAUGUGAACUUGGUGAUGAAUCUGGAAGGCAGCGACUUGCUCGCAGAGAAGGCAGACCGCCGGGAGUUUGUAGGCCUGCUCAAGAAAAUGUUACUGAUCGACGCAGAUGAGAGGAUUGCACCUGCCGAAGCUCUCGGUCACCCCUUUGUGACAAUGCAGCACCUGCUCGACUUCCCUCAUAGCAACCAUGUCAAGUCAUGUUUCCACAUCAUGGAUAUUUGCUCCACCCGUCCCAACACGUAUGAGACAGCCAGUCGAGGCAAGGGACCCUUUGUCAGACCAGGGGCUGCAACUACUGCAGCCACAGUCAACCAUCCCUUCAGCAAAAUGACUGUUGUCCACCCUCAAGCAUUAGCACCAUCUGCCCCCUCGGUGAUGCACCCUGGUAUACCAUUACAAGCAGGAAGUGGACAGUUCGGCGGCAAUGAUUCAUUUCAGCAGGCACUCAUCUUAUGUCCCCCAACCAUUCAAGGAAUACCCACCAACACUGUGAAACCUGCUGGCUACUCCGUUCGAAUGGAGGCAUCUGUGCCUCUGGUCACUCAAGCGCCCCCAAUCCAGCCCAUCCAAAUCAGACCAGGAGUUAUCACACAGGCCUGGUCGAACCGUGCGCAGCAGAUUUUGGUGCCCACUUGGCAGCAAGUGACUUCAGUGCCCCCACCGGCAACUACUUUGGCAUCUGACACGGUGGUGGGGCCGCCGAGAGUGGGAGACUGGGGGAAAGUGCGUCCCCAUGGUAACCAUUACAGCUCCAUGAUUGCCCACCCUCAGCCAUUCUUAACCAACCAAAUUACUAUGCCCGCCCACCAGCCAAUAAACAUCGGCAUUGCACAUGUGGUGUGGCCGCAGCCAGCUGCCAACAAAAGAGCAAAGCCUUGUACAAACAGGGGCAGCAACUUUUCCCAAAACACAAACAUCCAAAAUUUACCAUGCCAGUCCCCAAAGAUGGCUGAUACAGCAAAGAAUGUGGAAGAAGCAGAGGAGGAGGAAGCCAGAUGCCCAGUAGAGGAGCAUGCUGUUGUACAGGAGCAAGAAACAGAGCAGGCAGAGGAGGAGGAUGACGACAACUGCUGCAAAGUAGAGCCAGACUGCGAGGAGCAUUCGGUUUCGCAAGAGCAGCGGCACGCAAUGGUGAUCUCUGAGCUAACAAGCCCGUCUGUCAGCGUCAUCAGCAUCAGUAGUGAUGAAGAGGAGGGCACACAAAGGCAUUCGAUGGGCGAAUGUAAAGGAAGUGCAGAUUGUGAGGCCUGUCAGAGCACAGUUAGUAUGGACAGAGUCUGUUCUCUCAGCAGCCCCGACAGCACGCUUAGCACCAGCUCUUCAGCCUCAGUGCAGUCCAGCACAUCACCAUGCAAACAUCCAAACAGUAUGUCUGAUGACGAACAGGAGAGUGGCUGCGACACAGUAGAUAUCUCGCCCGCCUCCAACGGCAAUAACAACAGUCCCUUCCCUGAGCGUCGUUACAUUGCAAACAGCAAUCAGAACUGCAAGCCUCAUGUUGCAUGCGUUGCCCUGGAAACCGAGCCCAGCAAGCCAGCCGUGCGUACGGCUGCCGUACCACCAAUGAGGCUGCAGAACAACACUGGCGUCAGUGAAACACCUGGCAACACAGUCUUGGAGUCUUCAUUCCAGUCCAAAGGGCGAGGUGCUUCUGGGCGUCAUCAUCACCACACUACUCCUCUCCUGAACCGUUCGCAGAAGAUCACACCUUCAUUCCAGCCCCAACAGCAGCAGCCCAUAGGCUUUGGGCAGGUCCAACAUUUCACUUCCUGCCACCAGGAAUGGAACGGCAACUUUGCCCACCGCAGACCGCAGGCCUUCAUCCCCCCCACCAUGCACGGGCCCGCGUUCACCCUAUCACACAGCAGUCCAAACCACUCUGCAGGCCCCCUCCCCCACCUUGGGGGACACCCGCACUCCCAACCCACCUUGUUGUCCUAUCCCCCGUCUGGUCCUCUGGUCACGGCAGCCCCCGUGGCCCAUCUCUUGGCCUCCCCAGGCGCCUCGCGUCCUGUCCUUCAGCCCACCUACAGUAUCUCCCACCCGGCGGGCAUCGUGCAUCAGGUCACAGUGGGCAUCAACCCCCGGCUUUUGCCCUCCCCCACCUUGCAUCCACAAGGCCAAUUCAAACCCCUCUUCCCCCCACAUUCCUACAUUGCCUCGCCUGCCUACGCUGGUUUCCCACUCAGCCCCACCAAAAUAAACCAAUAUCCCUACAUCUGAGCGUGGGUGCCCAGGUACUCCUCUCACUUCCCGAGGGCUAAGUGUGUGGGGCGAAUUCUGUCUUAAAUCACAAACAACAUGGUUUUUUAAUUUUCAAAAACCAUGGCACAACCACAGAGAAAGCAAGCUAUUUUUUGAAUCAUGUCAACUUGGGUGUAAUUGAACUUCAAGCUUUAAAAAAAAAAAAAAGAAAGAGAGAAAGAGUUCCAGUGUUGGAGAUGAUAUAAGGAAAUAAUGUAUGAAUGAUUGAAUGAAUGAGUAGUUAAACUCACACUUAAUGUGUUUUGCACAUUUGAUAUACCUUUGCAUUGGAUCUUCUACGAAUACUCCUCAAAACAGGUAAAUAAUUGGGGCGGUGUUGAAUAGUUUGACGUUGCACCCCCGAUCCCAGCUAUUUUUCUAUAUUGCCUUCUUACAUGUGCAAGACACAUCCACAUUUGUAAAGCCAUCCCAGUCUCUAACACUAGAUUGCCAGAUGCACAUGUUGUCUACGGUGUAUGUUGUACCGCGUUUGGAGUAUUUGUACUUUUUCAGUGUCUUUCGGUGUUCGCAAUGUCAAAAGUCAAUUAAGCGAUUUUAAAUAGGGUCGUUCCUCACGCUGCAUGUAGUCUUGCAUGAGCAAAAAGUGUAAACUGAACGAUGCGUAGACGUUGCUCCUUUUGUUUGUGUCACAAGACUCGCUGCAUUGUAUAACUGUCCCCAGCCAUAGUGCCUUACAUAUUGUUCAUGUUACUACUUAUAUAUGACUAUAUACAUGACUAUUAAUGUACCGGACUGCAGCACUUGAAAUUCCAAUCGCUCGAUGCAUCCUGUGUGUGUGUAUGUGUGUGUGUGUGUGUGUGUGUGUGGGUGUGUGUGUGUUAUAUAUAUAUAUAUAUAUAUAUAUAUAUAUAUGUAUAUACACACACACACAUACAUAGCCUGCAUGGAUGUGAUGUAUCGCUGAUAGCCGUGCUUAUAUUUUGGAGUCGGUGUAUGUUUCCGUGUAUAGUGACUUACUUUGCUGUUCAUGCAAGUAAAACAGCAUGCGUUGCUGUUGCGAAUGGUUGCUGUUUUCAUUAAGGAGAGAGGAAAAAAACAGCUUUUGUUUGUCCCCCUUUCUGUAUGAACCCGUGUAUAACGUGCAAGUAUUGCUUCGUCUUUGAUAAUCACAUUCUGUUUAGUGACACACUUAUUACUAAUGGUAUUUGUACUGUUUGACGAAACUGCAAUACAAUCGAAAUAGUCGCCUUUUCCUCCCCACCCGUCUUCAUAUCCUCGUUUCUCACUUUGGUUCUUCGGUGUUUAUAGACGUGUGUGGGCAUGGCUUUGGCUAGGUAAGGAUAAAAACACAAGUUCAUUCACGGUAUGGCGUUUUCUAAGCCUAAGCAAACCAUGAAGUAUUCGAUAUACACACAUAUAUGGACGUAUAUUAUAGAGCUAGAGUAUUUAGUACCAAUGCUUGAUAAGGUGUGAGUCAGUUGUGUGCAAUGCUCUCAUUUAUGCAUGUGAGACAAAGCUAACUUUUUCCCUUUAUAUCUGUUAACGGCUAAAGGCUUCUCUGUGUCGACUGCUUAUUUUAAACAUUCCGUCAGGGAGGAUAUAUAUAUAUAUAUAUAU